AUGGCGGAGGUGUUCGGAGUCGUCGUGAGCGCCUUCACGGUCGCCGAGAUGGCGAGCAAGUUCGGCACGAGUAUCGUAAAGUUGAAGAAGCUCUGGGACGAAGUUCAAGACGUACCGAACGAGAUCAGCCAGCUUUUCCGACAGCUCGAACUGCUCCGACCGGUUCUACAAGAGAUGAAUGAUGAGUUCGUUCAGCAAACGCAUAAGGUCCACGAAAACCGUGCCGCGAAUCUAAGCAUGGAGUACUGCCAGCAAGCUGUGGGGGAGCUUGGCCGAUUAGCAGAAGACCUACAGUCUCAAGUCAACAAUGCAAAGAGAACUCGGCGGAACAUCACCAAGCUGAAAGUCUCGUUCAAGAAGGAAUUGAUUCGAAGCUACCAAGACAGGAUCCAGUUUGCCUUAAAUCUACUCGCUCUGUCGCAGCAGACCUACCUGAUGUGA